AUGGCUCACGUUCAUUUUGGAUAUCGAGGAUAUCCAGUUCGAUCACCAUUAGCAUACUAUCCAGUACUGCAUCAUGUUCCAGUACAUCAUCAAUCUUCAGUAGGAAAUAGACAUGAUGUACCAAGACAUUUACCUGUUUUACAUGCACCAACAUAUCCUGGAGAAUACAAUUUUUAUGAAGGAGAAGAAGAAGAGCAAGAACUAUACAACUAUUCACCAGUUGUAAUGCCAGAUCAACAUAGAAGAUCAACAUAUUACUCAAUAAUGCGAGCUCCAACUUUUAUGUCAUUACAAAAUUAUUAUAAACGAUCAUCUCAUCGAUAUUUUCGACCUAAACAUUCAUCAUAUAUCUAUUAUUGA